UGCCCUAAAAACUCUGAUUUCUUCUACUCUUAGCCGCAACAUUGCUUAGACACUCCCCGUUUUCCUAUCAUAUUCCCUUCCUUGUCUCCCCCACCUAAUUCACUUUUCUUCACUCACUCUCCGAUCCACCAUCUUCAAAUGUUCCUCUCUGCCUUCAGAUUGUUCUAUUCUUUCCAUGGAGUUUUAGGAUCCUUUGAAAUGUUUGGCGGCUGCACUCAAUCCUCCUCUUUUUCUACUUCACUUCUUUUAGGGCUCCGGCCAUGGAUGCUCUAGAAUUCACUUUUCCGGUUGAUGUGGCGCCGCUGAAGCUCAUGGGACCAGAUGGCUCUCUCAGAACCGAGCUAACAAUCGAGGAAGUUGAGUUGUGCGAAGCGGAUCGCGGUUCUGCUCCUUCUAGCUUUUCAUUUCAGCAUCUCAGCUCGUACGGUAGUCUAAAAGCUGGGACAAGCUCUAUCAAUGAUUUGGGUUCUGUUCCUUUGGAUAAGAUACCUGAUGGAGCAGUAUCUAAGGAUGGUGAAGAUGCAUCUGAAGAUUUUGAAAGUAGGAACAAAAGAAGUCAAUUGUCCACUUCAAGUCCAGGAGUACAUCCACGUAAAUCAUUAAAGGUGCCAAGGAGUAGUAGUAGUAGUUUAUGUUCUAAGAGGCCACGUGUGGUUCAAUUGGAAGAUUCUUUAUUCUUAAGUGGAGCUGAUGACGCAAAGGAUGCGUCUGAUAAGCUUGGAUCAUAUCUUAAAAAGUGCAACUCUCAUGAGAAAACUCAAUUGCUGAAACAAAAAAGUAGCCUAAGCAGCAAGCGGGGUGAUAAGAGAAAUCUCAAAGUAUCAUUGAAGACAAAAUUGGAGUCACUUUCUACAAAUGCUGGAAAUGGCUCAGCUGCACCAGGGAGCAGUUUUUCUGGAUUAUAUGGGCUGAAAUCGGAUGUUCAUGAUUUUACAAAGCUUACAGAUGAUCCACCAUUGAAUGGUCUUCUUGAUGGUAGUUAUGACUGUGCUAAUUUAAGUAAAGACAAAGGUAGAAAAGACACAAAUGUAAAUGAAUGUUUUCUGCAGUCAAUUAGAAAAGCUUGUUCUGUUCUUCAGCUCCCACUGCCUGUCCACCCACAAAAUAUGCCAGAGUCAGAGAGUUGUUCUAACAGCAAACCAUCCACAAGUUUAGUUAGUUCAGUUUCAAGCAUGGAAGAACGGGCAAAUUUUGAUGCAAAAGGAACUAGUGCAAGUUGGGCAACAGAUUCACCCUCGUUAAACAAGGUGCAAGAUGCCUGCAGCAAUUCGGAACCUUUGGCCAAUGCGCUUGAUUUUGAAUUGCAUAAACCUGAUGACAUGUUUGUGAAAUUGGGCCUUCCUCUACCAAAGGACUUGGAAUCUUUGCUCCAGGAUGCCAGUAAAUCGUCUGUACCAUCAAAGAAUGCAACAGAUUUACGUUCAGCAAAGCAACAAUUUCGUCGAGCGAUGUUGCAACCAUUUCCAUGGUCACAUUCUUUUAAUGGGCACUCUAAAGCAAGUUCUGAUUCAUCCAAGCUUUCUGCAAAUAGGACGACAUGUCCGGGUAGGUGGUGGCGAGUUGGUAACUUUUCCAAUAUCCCCAGUGCUACUACUGAUUGUUUUACGAAAGACUUGGAAUCAUUGACGUUUAACCACAAUUUGUUUCCUUCAACAAUGAGAGUUGUUGGUUCUAAAGAUGGAGGGUCCUUUGUAUCUGUUAAUCAUAAUCAAUGUGGAUGGGAUUCCCUGUCUUCUGCAACUUGUUCGAAAACUUCCUCUGUGCUUGUCGAAUCACGAGGGAAGAUCAAUCAUGAGGCAAAUGAGCAGCAUUGUCCAAGAGUAAUGGCAGCUGCUCAAACGCUAUGCGAUAUUGCAACUUCUGCUUCAUUGAGGCAAAACAUAGAUGGGAUAGUAAGGUGGCCAAAAAAGCCUUCACAAAAGUCCAUGAAAGCUCGCAAGUUGAAAUCAGAGGAAACAGAAGAAUUAUAUACCAAGCCGACUAUAUACAGAUUAUGGUCCAAUAAUCCAUUCAAGAACGAGGGCCAUCAAACCCCACAUCCCUUGAAGAAGCCAAAGCUAGGAACAACAACAGAAAACAGAAGAGACAACAUUGCGCAAACAAAUUGUAGAAGAGGACCAUUAAAUUGGUCUACACCCAGAUCAAGUAGAUCUUCGCCCAGUAAAUUCAUUAAAGAUUCAGUUUCAGACACUAAACAGUCAACCGUGGGUACUGUGAAACAGUCGUCAAUGAUGCCUCCUCCAGCAACAACUCUUUUGUGCAAAGCUGGCGACGGACAACAAAAGACGCGAAAGUUAAUGCUUAUGGAUUGGAAAAGAGGAGGAGGAGGAACAGGUUAGAUUCUGAUGAAUAAAACUCUAGUUUUUAUAUCCAUGCCCAACAAAAUGAUGUUUUAUUAAAUUAGAAUCACUGCUCUAUAGUGUGUAGUAGUGACUAAAAUGGUUGGUCGGUUGGUUGGGUGUACAUAAUAUUGUUGUAAGUGGUUGAUUGAUAGGUUGUAUUGUAACUGUCCGUCAUAAAAAGUGACACGCUUUCUAAUUGUUGUAACAUCAACUUCAUUCCAGAACGCAGUAGCAAAUUCCUUAUGCUACUGUGUGAAAAGUAUUUAACGACGCAAUAGAAAUUCUUAGUUCUUAUUACUAUUCGGAACUAUUUGCUUU